AUGGAUGCCUCUCCACUGGAGGAAGUCUUCAAGACCCUCGCCAGCAUUCACCAGUCACAGCAUCAGGCCCUCCUUGAGCUGCGGUUCAUCGCACUUAUCCAGGUCCAGGCGGAGGACCGGCAGGUGCUCCGGAGCUUGCUACCCCAUGAGGGGGCCCUGCAACCACCCUGCCCCAUGUUCCUCUUGUCAAAAUGGGGGCCCAAGAUGGACCGGAGGCCUUCUUGGAGCUCUUUGAGCAGAUGGCAGGGUGCUCGGGUGUGGGUAAAUCAUAAAGAUCAGCUUGUUCCGUCAACGGUGAACUCCUGUGGAGAUGGAACCCUGGUACUUACCACCGACUAUGGGGAGGUGGUAUACCUGCAGCAGGCAGAGGUCAACAGGGAGAAGGUGUCUCCCAUGCACCAGAGCAGCAUUGAUGGAGUGGAGGACAUGUCCACAUUGGCAGAUCUCCAUGAGUCCGCCAUCAUGCACAACCUUCAUCAGCGAUACCAGAAAGACAACAUCUAUACUAAUAUAGGCUCUAUCCUGGCAGCCGUGAACCCUUAUAAGCAGAUCGCAGGGCUGUAUGAUCCCUCUGCAGUGGAGCUAUACAGUCAGCAUCAUUUGGGCGAGCUGCCGCCACAUAUCUUUGCUAUUGCCAAUGAGUGUUACCGCUGCUUAUGGAAGAGACAUGACAGUCAAUGUGUGCUGAUCAGUGGUGAAAGUGGAGCUGGAAAAACAGAAAGCACCAAACUACUGCUGCAGUUCCUAUCUGUCAUGAGCCAGAACUCUGCCGGGAUGCCACCUGCAGAGAAGAGCACACGCGUUGAGCAAGCCAUCGUACAGAGCAGCCCCAUCAUGGAGGCAUUUGGAAAUGCCAAAACGGUCUAUAACAACAACUCCAGUCGCUUUGGGAAAUUCAUCCAGCUUCAUUUCUCUCAAAGUGGGAACAUCCAAGGAGGAUGCAUCGUCGACUAUUUACUUGAAAAGAAUCGGGUGGUAAGGCAGAACCCGGGGGAGAGAAACUACCACAUCUUUUACGCUUUGCUGGCCGGGGCCAACAAAAGUCAAAAUGAGACAUAUUUUCUGGCAGACCCCCCAGAGUCAUUUCACUACCUGAGUCAGUCAGGCUGUGUGAAGGACCGCAGUCUUGAUGACAAGCAGCUUUUUGACGACGUCAUGGAGGCUCUGAAGGUCAUGGAGUUCACAGAGGAGGAGAUCAGAGAUAUGUUCAAACUGUUGUCUGGAGUGCUGCAGCUUGGCAAUGUGGAGUUCAUGACAGCAGGUGGCGCUCAGAUCACCACCAAACAGGUUGUCACUAAUGUGAGUGAGUUGCUGGGGCUGGACUGUUUCCAGCUGUCUGAGGUUCUGACCCAGCGUUCCAUGAUCCUCAGAGGAGAGGAGAUCUGCUCACCACUCACAGUGGAACAGGCGAUAGAUUCCCGGGAUUCGGUUGCCAUGGCACUAUACUCUCAGUGUUUCUCAUGGAUCAUAAUGCAAAUUAAUCAGAAGAUAAAGGGCAAAGACAACUUCAAAUCCAUUGGAAUCCUCGACAUCUUUGGCUUUGAGAACUUUGAGGUGAACCGUUUUGAGCAGUUCAACAUUAAUUACGCCAAUGAGAAAUUGCAAGAAUAUUUCAACAAGCACAUCUUCUCUCUGGAGCAACUGGAGUAUAACAGGGAAGCCAUUCAUUGGGAAGCCAUUGACUGGAUGGACAAUGCAGAAUGUCUAGAUCUGAUAGAGAAGAAACUGGGCAUGUUAGCUCUAGUUAACGAAGAGAGCCGGUUCCCCAAAGGCACUGACUUCACCCUGCUGGAGAAACUACACAGCAGACACUCUACCAAUCCCUACUAUGUGAAACCCAGACUGGCGGACCAUCAGUUUGGUAUAAAACACUAUGCUGGAGAGGUUUUAUAUGACGUGAGAGGGAUUUUAGAAAAGAACAGAGACACAUUUAGAGAUGAUAUCCUGAACAUGCUGAAGGAUAGUAGACUGGAUUUCAUCUACGACCUCUUUGAGCAAGUGAGCAGCAGGAAUAAUGAGGAGACUCUGAAGAUGGGCACAGCCAGAAGAAAGCCCACUGUCAGCUCUCAGUUCAGAGACUCUCUUCAUGCCCUAAUGGCCACUCUCAGUGUGUCCAACCCCUUCUUUGUGCGUUGCAUCAAACCAAACAUGAACAAGACUCCCAACAAGUUCGACCCAGAUGUGGUUCUGAAUCAGUUGCGUUACUCUGGUAUGUUGGAGACAGUGAAGAUCCGCAGAGCCGGAUUCCCUGUCCGCCGCACUUUUAAAGACUUCUUCAGCAGAUAUAAGAUAAUCCUGAAGGAUAAAGAAAAGGUGGCCGUGGCUUCAAAUGGAGAUGAGAAGAAGAAGAGCACAGAUCUGCUGACCCUCUACAACUGCACCAAGAAGGAGUGGCAGCUUGGAAAGACCAAGGUGUUCCUAAAAGAGCCUCUGGAACAGAAGCUGGAGAAGGAGAGAGAUAAAGUGCGAAGCAGAGCUGGGCUUAUUAUACGAGCCUAUCUUCUGAGAUACAUAGCAAGAAAGAACUUCAAGAAGGCUCUGGCCAGCAUUGUAACCAUCCAGAAGAACUACCGCGCUCAUCUCUAUAAACAACGGUAUCUACGGAAACGUUCAGCUGCGCUUGUCCUCCAGAAACACAGACGAGGACAAAUGGCCCGAGGAAUCUGCCGCAAACUGCGGGAGGAAAAGCGUAAGAAAGAGGAAGAGAGGAGAAAGAAAGAAGAGGAGGAGAAGAAGACAGAGGGAGAACAAAACAAGAAAGACGAAGAGGAAAAGGAACGAGAGAUAGAGUCUCCACGCCCUGCUGAGGAGGAGAGCCAUCAGAUGGAGGAGAUCCUGCGUUUGGAACGAGAGAUUGAGCGCCUGCAGAAGCAGAGAGAGGACGGCGUGUCCAUGCUGUGCGAGAGCUCCAGACAGGAACUCCGUUUACGCAGAGACGCUGAGAUUCUGCGUCAGAAAAAACAAGCCUCUCGUGCUGCCACUGAAUUCCUCGAGCUGCUUGACACUGGAGGUCCAGAGGUCAUCCCUGGUGAUCCUAAAGAAUCCGCCUCCAGACCGGCAACCACUACAGAGGAAGAGGUAGACGAAGGCUUCCACGCAGAGGAAGAGUGCAUACCCCUUCCAGAGUUCCCUCCUCCAGCAGAAGGCCCUGUAGAUCAGGAGAUCCUUGCCACACUGGCUCCUCCACCACCUGCUUUUGCCGAAGGUAUGGUGGCCUCGUCCACACCUAACGCUCCACCUGGGGCUCCUCCACCACCCCCUCCUCCACCUCCUCCCCCUCUCCCUGGUGGAUCCAAAAAGGAAGAUGGAAAGCCAGAGGAAGCCAUAUCAGCUAAAGAGGUUGAUGGGAAGAAGGAAGGAGAGGAUGUAGACCGCACCAGCAGGCUGACCGCAGUGGAGCCUCUGCCUGAUACAGAGGAACCCAUCUACAGUGUGCCUGGGGAUGAGUCGGACUAUGACCAAGAUGACCUGGAGGACGGACAGAGCAGCAUCACAGCAACAGACAUAGAACAUGCGCGCAAGUCUACCUGCACUAACGCAAGCCAGGAGUCCUACAACCGCAGCUCAGAUUCGUAUGCCGAGAGUGAUGAUGAACACGAUGGUUAUGUGGACACAGAUGAGGAGGUGUCCAAUGGUAGAGUCAGCAUCUUAAAUGGGAACGGACCUCCAUAUUUCCACAGUUACCUCUAUAUGAAGGCAGGGUUGAUGAUUCCAUGGCGCAGGCGUUGGUGUGUUCUGAAGGACGAAACCUUCAUGUGGUUUCGCUCCAAGCAGGAGUCAUUUAAGUCGGGCUGGCUGUAUAAGAAGGGUAGAGGUCUGUCCACACUGUCCCGCAGGAAUUGGAAGAUGCGCUGGUUCGUCCUACGUGACACCAAACUCAUGUAUUUUGAGAAUGACAGUGAGGAGAAGCUGAAAGGGACCAUUGACAUCCGCUCAGCCAAGGAGAUUGUGGAUAAUCAUGAGAAGGAGAAUGCUCUGAACAUUGUGACAGAUGAGAGAACGUACCAGGUGUUUGCUGAGUCACCAGAGGAUGCCAGUGGUUGGUUUAAUGUGUUGAGCCGGGUCCACAGUGCAUUACCAGAGCAGCUGUUGGAGAUGUCUCAUGAGCAGGCCAACCCAAAGAAUGCAGUGGGCACACUGGAUGUUGGAUUGAUUGACUCAGUAUGUGCUUCAGACAAUCCUGACAGGCCCAAUUCAUUUGUGAUCAUCACAGCCAAUCGUGUGAUUCACUGUAACUCAGAUCUGCCAGAGGAGAUGCAUCACUGGAUCAGUCUGCUGCAGAAACCCAAAGGAGACUCUAAAAGUGAUGGCCAGGAGUUCCUGGUCAGAGGUUGGCUGCAAAAGGAGAUGAAGGCGGGGGCCAAGAGUUCUGCUCUCAAACUGAAAAAGCGCUGGUUUGUGUUGACCAACAAUUCUCUGGACUACUACAAGUCUUCUGAACGCAAUGCAUCCAAGAUGGGCACUCUGGUUCUGAACAGCCUGUGCUCUGUUGUCCAGCCUGAGGAGAAAAAGUUUAAAGAGACAGGCUAUUGGAACAUCAUAGUUCAUGGACGUAAACAUUCAUACCGUCUGUACACCAAGAUGCUGAAUGAGGCGAUGCGCUGGGUGUCCUCCAUUCAGGGGGUCAUUGACAACAAGGUGCCCAUUGAAACCCCCACCCAGCAACUCAUUAGAGACAUCAAGGAGAACAGUGUGAACUCUGAGGCUGUGGAACAAAUGUACCGAAGGAACCCAAUCCUCAGAUAUACACAGCAUCCCUUGCAUUCACCUCUCCUGCCCCUGCCCUACGGAGAGGUCAGCGAAAGCUUGCAAAAGGAGAAGGGUUACGGAAGCCUGCAAGAUGAGGCAGUGAAGAUCUUUAACUCACUCCAGGAGAUGGAGAUCAUGUCAGACCCCAUCGCCAUCAUCCAGGGCAUCCUGCAGACCUGCAACGACCUGCGGCCACUGAGAGACGAGGUGUACUGUCAGCUGAUCAAACAGACCAAUCACGUGCCACAACCCAACAGCCCUGCAAACCGCGCUCACUGGCACCUGCUCACCUGCAUGAGCUGCACCUUCCUGCCCAGCCGUGCCAUCCUGCGGUACCUGCGAUUCCAUCUGAAAAGAGUUCGGGAGCGUUACUCUGGCACAGAGAUUGAGAAGUACGCGCACUUCAUUGGUGAGUCCCUGAAGAGGACAAAGACCAGGGAGUAUGUGCCCUCACAGGAGGAGAUCGUUGCCCUGCUGAACAGACAGGAAAUGACAACGACAGUGUACUGCCAUGGAGGAGGGUCUUGCAAGAUAUCCAUUAAUUCACACACCACAGCUGGAGAGGUGGUGGAGAAGCUGAUUCGUGGUCUGGCGAUGGAAAACAGCAGGAACAUGUUCUCUCUCUUUGAACACAAUAAAGUGGAAAGCAGGGCCAUAGAGAGUCGUGUCAUUGUGGCAGAUGUGCUCGCCAAGUUUGAAAGGUUGGCAGGCGGUGAGGAUGAGGAGGAAGAAGGCCCCUGGAGGCUCUAUUUCAAGCUUUAUUGCUUCCUUGAUGUUGAAAGCAUGCCAAAAGAGGGAGUGGAAUUUGCCUUUAUGUUUGAGCAGGCUCAUGAGAGUCUAAUCAGUGGUCAUUUCCCAGCCCCUGAGGAAACCCUCCAGCAUUUAGCAGCCCUGCGUUUGCAAUAUAUCCAUGGUGACGUGGCCCGUACGCCCUGGAGCCUGAGCAGCAUGUACCCCGUGGGGCGACUCCGCACACGCAUCUUCCAGUCUACUAAGGCAGGGGGUGCUGGAGUACCUGGGGCAGGUAUAGUCGGGCCAGGAGCUCACACUUUAGAGCGCCGAAAGGCCAACUUCCUCGAUGGGACCCUGAGACGCAGCUUCAAGACGGGGUCACUGAAGAAACAGCGUGUGGAGGAGGAACAGAUGCUGGAGAUGUUUGUUAAGGAGGAGAUGUCAGCCACACUAACCAGUGUGCUGGAGAAAUGGAGCCGUCUGCAGGGGAUGCCUCAGCACCAGGCCAUGCUCAAUUACAUGACCGUCAUGAAAGAGUGGCCCGGUUACGGGUCCACAUUGUUUGAUGUGGAGUGUAAAGAGGGUGGUUUCCCUCAUGAUCUGUGGUUGGGUGUCAGUGCUGAAAACAUCUCUGUGUACAAACGGGGCGAGCCCAAACCACUCGAAACUUUCCAGUAUGAGCACAUCGUUUUCUUUGGAGCGCCUCAGCCCAGCACAUACAAAAUCAUUGUUGAUGAAAGGGAGAUGUUCUUCGAGACGCCUCAGGUGGGUGAAAUCACUAAAAUCAUGAAGGCGUAUAUCAACAUGAUCGUCAAAAAGCGCUGCAGUAUCAUGUCAGUCACCAGCAACAGCAGUGCCUGGAUGAGGUGAUCGAAACCAACCGAUGAGAUCAAAGCAUCCAGCAAGAUGAGUGUGAUGACAGUGGAGUAAACAUCUGAACUGGAUGAUAAGAGAAAGAGAGUGAGAGAGCACAGAGGAACUAGAGACAUCACCUCUCCGACAAUUUAACUGCUGAAAAACUCUUAUUUGUCCUAAAUACAACAGCACAUUACAGUUUAUUUAGUAUUUAUUUUUCUUUUCAAAGCACAACAAUACGACAGCCUACUCACUGUUCUCUCCCUUCACUGCCAGCACCUUAACUGAUGACCAAACCUAUUUAUUUUCUUGUCUGUUCUUCUCCAUUUGGCUCUCUAAAUACUCAGUUUUCAUUACGUGCAACAUGAUCACACAGGAAAUCAACAUGUUGCUUCCGAAUGUUCGUGUACUCUGAAAUCAACCCCAUUUUUUGGAAUUACUGAAAAGUGCCACCCCCAUCAGACAUUUGUGCAUUGAUUCAAAUGUGUUUAUCUUUUCCUGUGCCGCAACUGAUAGUGUUUUGUGCGAGCAACCUCCGAAACACUGGUUUUGGUCCCAUGGAAACCAGGAAGUAAUCACGUUCCCAUUAGCAAUGGUGAACGCGAUUCUGAGGUUGCAUUUUCACUCUAAAAUGACAUUUUUACUCCACUGACGGUUAGGUUUAGGGUUGGGAUUUGGGUUAGGGAGUAGGGUUAAUAAAAUAUGCAUUCCAGUUGACUGUAUUACAUCAUUUACAACAAAAAAAUACAACUUGAUUUUGGUGCCACCCUGUGGACACUUUACCCAGAAACUGGAGUUCAAAUGUGUGCAUGGGUUCAACAACACUUCCAGCUUCGGCCACUGUGGGGCAGUGGUUUGAAUUGCGGUAAGCACAGACCGAUUUCAGAAACAGAACUUUUGACCUCCUGAUGCCAAAUUCACAGUGUGAUCAGUUUGGUCAGUGAUAGUUGCCAUUUCCUAAACAAUAUGUUCCUAACAGCCAAUCAUUUAUAAAUGAUCAUCUACUAACUGUUUUACUGAAAUGUAUGAUUCACGUCAACCUUUCUGGAGUGUGAGAACUCAAGCGAACUUUCCUUCAAUUCACAUCCAGAGCCUUUUUGCAAAGCCAUGACUGCUCAUGCCAAUCAGAUCACAGCAUACCUGUAAAGCUUCUGAGGGCAGUUGUAUGUGGAUAUCAGCAACAAAGACACUACAGCAGUGACUGUGUGACUGUUCACACAUCAGCUCAUAUUUGUGACAGUCCACAUUUUCAACAUAACAAACAUCCUAUUUUCUGUUAAAUGGCUAUUUAAAAAAUAGUCUAUACUGUACAUACAUAUGCUAAUAUGUCUAAAACUGUGUAUUUACAUGCAACAUUUCCUUCUUUUUCUUUCUUUUUUUUUUUUUUUUGCCAAUGAUAAUAACCUUGUAUAACUUAAUCUGUUCCAUUACACAAAGGCAAACCCAGCCAGAGCAAGUGACUUACUAUGUUAGAGGAAAAACAUGUCCUAGGCACGUUUGCGCCCUAUUGCAGGGAUCAAAUGGUUAUUGAGUAUUAUAUAAAGUAGCCCCAGGUCUGCCUGCCCAAUGCAAACAAUGAAAAGUGGCCCGCCGCUAAACAAGGAUUAUUAAUCAAGCAACAGUCAAGAUUCAAUAGGCAUGUUUUUGUACUUUCACUAUGUGUGUGCGUGACAUUAAUUGUGUAACACUACACUGUUGUCAAAUGAUAAAAGCAGCUCAUUUGAUUAGAGCUUGUUCCUCAUGUCAGGAUUUAUGCAAAAAAUUAUCAUAAAGAGUCAAGCAGGUUUUUGAUCCUAGGAAAACAUUUAAGUGCUUCAGAAGCAUUUAAAUCUUAAAUAUAGUGUGCAGAAUUGAUACUAGACCCGUUACUGGACUGUGAAAUCUUGAUCAACAAGAGGAUAAUCGCAAAUCAUCGGCCUUGGACCGAUUCACCAGAACUCCACAAUAAACCUGACCAUAAACUUCUGAUAACAUCUCAUAUUAAAACAGAGAUGAAGACACAACAUUCAGAAAGUUACAAUAUUUGCACUUAUCAUAAUGUUUCUUAUUUUGCUUUCUGGCAUUUACAUUUUUUGUUUUCUUGCAUUUUAAGAACAGGUUCUCAACAAGGUCAAACCAGCCUUUUUUGUUUGCCUAAAUGAUAGAGCUCCUUUGGUAUUCUUAUUAGGUUUCAAAUGGUUUCAGACUGUUGCCAGAGAGAACAGAAGACAAAACAGAGAUCUAAUCUGGAUCUAAUUAAAAUGAAACAUCAUCCACUGACUCUCGAUCAACAAUGAGUCCAGGUAUGCCUGUUAUUUUUUAUUUAAUGUGAGUAUAAACCUGCAACAGUAUGUGUAAUUUUGCUGUUUGAUAUGCAACUAGAUUUGUCAGUGUAAUGCAAGUUCUUUUGUGAAUGUAUGUCUGAAUUAAACAAUGAAUUGAAA